AUGGAUUGCAAGGAGGCAUUGGCAGUGUGCAGUGAUAAGAACAUUAGCAUAGGAAUAACAAUUUGGGACCUAGAAAAUGGUGAUCGUCUUCUCCACAUACCAACUUGUUCUUCACCUCCUCAUGGCCUCAUUUCUUUGAGAAACCAAUAUCUUGUGGCUUCUCAGGUUCAAAGAACUGGCUCGGUUAGUGGUGGGGUCAUUUUCAGUUGGCCCUUAAGUAAGCAUCAAGCCACUUUAAGGAGCUAUCUACUGGAAUCCACUGGACCCCUAUCGUGCACAAGGGAUGGAACAUAUCUGGCUUGUGGAGCUACUUCUGGAAAUAUAUACGUUUGGGAGGUUACUUCUGGGAGGCUACUGAAGAACUGGUCAGCACAUCACACCUCAAUAUGCUGUAUGGUUCUUUCUAGCGAUGAUUCCUUUCUUAUCUCUGGUUCAGCGGAUGGAAGUAUUGCUGUUUGGUCCAUGAUUGGUUUGCUGGCUGAGGGCAAUUGUGAUUGCUUAACCUCAAUCGUGAGUAUGUCCAAAGACCACACGGGAGCUAUAACUGGCCUAUUGCCUGCAUCCACCAACUCCAGUUCUAAUUUUAUCUCAAGCUCCGUCGAUGGAACCUGCAAGGUGUGGAAUAUGUUGUCAGGGAAUCUUAUAAAAACGAAAGCUUUUCCAUUGCCAAUAACUGCAAUUGUUCUUGAUCUUCUUGAAGAAAUUUUGUUCUGUGGAAGUGAAAAUGGGGCAAUUUUCUUGAACAAAUUUGAUGCUGGACUUCUAAAUGAUCCUUUUUCCAAUCCAUGUGGUGAACAAAUUGUGCUAAAUGGACACCAAAAAUCAAUAACUGCAUUGACAUCUUGCAAAGCGGGUCUGGUUUCUGCUUCUGAUGACUGUACUGUUUGCCUCUGGGACACCGUCAAUUAUACCAUUAUUAGAAGAUUCAACCACUUUAAAGGGCCAAUAUCUAAUUUGGUGGCAAUCAGUAAGUCAUCUUUAAUACCUAAGAACAACCAGAGAACCUCUCAAUUCCGUGUUUGUGUGCUUGACAAGAAUUCUCAGCCUACCAACUUUGCCAAGGAAACAGUUAAACUUCUGCCUUCAAGCACUGCCCAAGAAGAAGCCGAUGCCAUGUUAGGCUGCAGAAGCACGAAUUUGCUUGAGAAGCACAUACUUGAUUUAGAGAGAGGGAGGACGCUUGAUGCUCUACAAAUGAAAAUAGAAACAAAUAGAGAGAAUCAGAUGUGGGCUAUAAAGAUGACAAAGCACACAAUGGAGAUGAACCAAUGUCUUCAAUCUGCUUAUUUGGAUUUGCUGCAUGAUCGAUUACUGCAGCCUCAUGAUUCAAGACUGAAGAUGGAAAAGUAAAAGUUAGGUUGAAGAUGAUCAAUUUUGAGGUGUCAACUGAUAGUUCUCACGUGUAUUGUCUAAUUUCCAUGAUUUGGAUUGGCUGUCCAUUUAGGUGAGAACUAAUGCUUUACUAUAAAAGCAAAGCCUGACAUUACGUUU